AUGUCUAUCGACCCAGCUUUCAUGCCGUGGGCUUCUUCUAAAGGCGUCAAAUGUAGCAAUGUCGAACCUCGAAUUAUGCCUGGCCGCGGCAUUGGUAUUGUUGCCGUUUACGAUAUCAGAGCAAACCAAACAAUCCUAAGUGUUCCAACGAGAGCUGUUCGCACCAUCGAUACUGUUCCAAAGCACAUCAAAGACGCCCUUCAUGGUGUUUCAGUUCAUGGCAUCUUGGCCGCUGAAAUUGCACUCGACGACAGUGAUGACUUUGCCAUCUGGAGAACAGUACUCCCUACCCGGGAAGAUCUGGAGGGUGGAAUGCCCAUGAUGUGGCCGAGUGAACUUCAAGCUCUUCUUCCCAAGCGAGCCAAAGACCUCUUGGACAAUCAGAACACCACAUUCCGGCGGGAGUGCGAUAUUGUUCUGAAAGCCUUUCCUACAUUGACAAGGGAUGAGUAUAUGCUGAGCUGGGUGUUGAUCAACACUAGAACCUUUUAUAAUAGCAUGCCCAAGAUGAAGAGUUAUGCUCAUUCUGAUCGAUUGGUCUGCAUGCCUGUUUUAGAUUUGUUCAACCAUGAAGACCAAAGCCAAGGGUGCAAACUGGUGUACUCUGCUCUUGGGUACAGCGUUCAGACAGACCGGGCCUACAAACAAGGCGAGGAAGUGUUCGUCUCAUAUGGCCCUCACUCGAAUGACUUUCUCUUGACAGAGUACGGCUUUAUCUUGGACACAAAUCGCUGGGAUGAGGUGUAUCUGGACGAAGUGAUACUGCCACUCCUCAACAAGACACAGCGCGCUGAGCUAGAAAGUGUCGGCUUCCUUGGCAGAUACACACUCGAUGAUCAGACCCCAGGAUGUCACCGGACCCAGGUGGCCCUUCGCAUGCUGUGCUGCUCCCCUGGACAGUGGCAACGGUUCUUUGACGCUUGUGAGGAUGGACGGUCUUCGCAGGUGGAAGUUGAUGGUAUUCUUUUAUCUGCUUUGAAAGACUUUCAACAGGUUAUUGAGAAAACUCGAAGGGAUAUUGAUGAGGUAGAGGGUGGUACAAGCAGCCAGAGGGAGUUGCUAAGACGCCGAUGGGAACAGGUCGAGGCCAUGAUGUUCUUUAGCAUAUACACGGGAGCUUCUUUCCGUCCGGCUGGUGGAAGAGGACGAGAUCGGGGCCGUAGUCGCGAUCGAGGCAGAGACUCGACUUGCAACCACUGCCACCGACACGGCCAUGUCCAGGACCAGUGCCCCCAGGUCGAGGAAUUGAAGCGACUCCGCCAAAUAGCAGAAGAGCUUCUGACUCACUACAACGAAUUAGCAUCUCGCUGCGGUGCCGCUCAGUUCCAACGACCAGCAGAGCUAGGGCCAGUUUCAGAGCCUGCAGAGCCACUUCUACAAUACGCCUAUCCUGCUACUGCAUCGACCACAGCUCGUUCUGCUACUUCGUUCACCACCCGUUCUGCUACUUCGUCCACUACAUCUUGUUCUGUUACUAGGCCGGGUACAGCUUGUUCUGCUACUGGGCCGGGUACAACUGCUCCCCCUCCUUCUCCGUCCCCCUCAUCAUCAUCAUUAUCCUCCUCCUGGUCUUUCUAUCCAUAG